AUGUCGAUGUUCAGGUCACCUGCAGAUUUCUCUUCCGAAUCCGAGUCCGAGGAAUCUAGCUUGGAUAGGGGUCCGAACGAACAAGAAGAUGCUCCAUCAAGAUCUACUGCCAAGAAGGCUAAGGCUCCCGGAACGGGAACGAAGUCGCCUCCCCUUUUGGAAGGAAGCAGCUAUGAAAGCGUCGAGGGCGAUGCAAAUGAAAACAAUGAACUUGAUGUCGACACCGAAGUUCAUUCUAACAUGAUGACGGCUGCUCUCCUUGAAUUCUACUGUCUCAGCCGGGCUGCGGAUAUUCUCAAUGCACAAGAAGGCUCACACAAGCGCUACACACGUGACUCGCCAGAAGUCCAGUACCUUGGAAGAAAGAUGUAUAAUUAUAAGUCACGAUUCCUCUCCUCCCAUGGGGUAAUAGCCGGGGGAAUCGAAAAAGACGAGCUGCGGACAACAAGGCAGUAUUAUCGGGACAACCUUGAUGUUCUUGGCAUGUCAGCACUGGAGGAUCUCGACAUAGACGAUACUCAGCGGCAGGUACCACCGCGCAGAACAACGGGAGAUGUUGUCUUAGCUUCGAAGGCCUCAAAUACUGUGCGACGUAACCCAGAUCAAGAGUAUGCAGGCCCUGCAAAACGUGGAUUAUACAGGCCCUCCCUUGCAGAUAUCGGGAAACGACUCCCCAGUGCAGAGAACAUCAGGGCGUUAGAGAAUGUUCAUCUUGACGUAGGAAGUCUACCAAGCCAAUCGUUACACCUCGCAGGAAGCUCGCCUGCAAGCUUCCCAUUGUUUGAAAGCAAUCUGCCCACACCACAUAACCACUUAUCACGUUAUGCGACGGAAUUUGCCGAAGUCAAAGUCCUCGGCCGUGGAUCAUUUGGAGAGGUGUAUCACGUGAAAAACCAUAUCGACGGACAGCCAUAUGCGGUAAAGAAGAUUCCUAUCAGUCAGCGGCGGCUAGAGCAAUUGCAAGAUGGAAACGAGAACCAGCUGGAAAAUAUCAUGAAGGAGAUACGAACCUUGGCUCGGCUUGAGCACACAAACGUCGUCCGCUACUACGGAGCAUGGGUAGAACAGGCGCACAUAUCGGGUUAUGUACGAAACGGCCGCGAGGUCCCUGCCGAGGUUGAGAGUGAGAACACGCAAAGCGCCCUGGCCGGUCCCGAACCGAGCGACAGCGAAAGCUUCGGAGUCGUGUUCGAAUAUUCCCAGGCUUCGGCUGGUGGCUUUGAAGACGAUGAGGAUACCGAAUCGAUUCCUCGUGACUUUGACGCUUUUACCAAUAGCCAGGUAUCUACCUUUGGAGGGACGGAUGACGAUAUUUUCACGGAUGGGUUAAGUUACGACCCGUCCAAGCUGCAGAUACAACGACGACAUCGCGGCGGGCCUCAAGUUCCUGCAGUGGUUUUGCAUAUUCAGAUGUCACUGCAUCCCAUUUCACUUAGCUCAUAUUUGAACUCGCAACCAUGUGAGCUUAAAGAUGACCAGAUACCACGCCGACAUUGCUACCACUUGGCCCCGUCAUUGAGACUCAUGCUGCGCAUAAUCUCAGGAGUCGAAUAUCUGCACUCUAAGGGGAUAGUACACCGGGACCUCAAGCCUGCUAACAUCUUUCUGUCGUGUCCUGAUCACCGAGACUCUGACGGAUGCUCUCCCUGUCAGUUAGAUAACGAAUAUUCUUCCUGGUAUUCCCACCCUCGAAUCGGUGACUUCGGUCUAGUUGCCGAUAUCUCCCACUUGAAUGAGCAUCAGUCGGAUAGUCCCAGUACCUCUUUACAGCACAAUACGAAGGUGAACCAUGUUGUUGGGACAGAGUUUUAUCGCCCACCUUUGGUUCAUCUCGCUGUAGAUAAUGCCGAGAGCUCAGAAGACACAGGCGGCUGUUACAAGGUUGACGAGUCCCUGGAUGUCUUUGCGCUUGGGGUGAUCCUCUUCGAGCUUCUGUAUCGCUUAAACACCAAGAUGGAACGCCAGUUCGUUCUAGGGGAAUUGACGCGCUGUCAGCAGGAUCAGUCAACAGGAUCCGCUUUGGGACGUGCGCCAUUCCCUUGUGAUUUCGCACAGAAGAUUGAUUUGGGAGAGGAGAAAUAUGACGGGCAUGUAUCUAUCGCCGAGGAAUUAAUGACCUGCAUCAGUGGGAUGCUGGAACCCUUACCCCAGAAGCGCUGGAGCUUAUCCGACGUCAAGCAGCAUCUGCACAAUAUUCUGACUGUCGCUCAGAGGGCACCGUGCCCCUAA